GAAAAUAUCGGAAACAUGGAGUCCGGGGCAAGUUUUGUUCCUAAGUUUGAAACGUUGAAGAAUGGCGACUCUGGAUUCCGACGUGACGAUGGUUCCGGCCGGCGAACCCUCCAGCAGCGCCGGUCCUUCGUCUAGCAAGAAGCCCAAGCGAUUCGAGAUCAAGAAGUGGAAUGCCGUUGCUCUAUGGGCUUGGGGUGCGUCUCUCAACCCUCUUCUAAACCCUAGCUUUAAUUUCCUUCAUCUCAUUUUCUUUUUCUUCUUUUUCCUUUCUGUUGUUGCAGAUAUCGUUGUGGACAAUUGUGCUAUCUGCAGGAACCAUAUCAUGGAUCUCUGUAUUGAGUGCCAGGCCAACCAGGCUAGCGCCACUAGCGAGGAAUGCACUGUAGCUUGGGGAGUUUGUAACCAUGCUUUUCACUUCCAUUGCAUAAGCCGAUGGCUCAAGACCCGUCAAGUAUGUCCGCUAGAUAAUAGCGAGUGGGAGUUUCAGAAAUAUGGUCACUAGAACUUGGAUGCCGCUGAGAUACCUUCAACUGGGGACGUUUGAUUGUAUCAGUUUCUAUCAAAUAUUUAUACGUUAUUGUCAUUGGAGUUUUACUAUCUUUCAAAAGAGUCCCUUCUAAAGUUUAAUCAUGUCGUUACUCUCCAGUUCCACGGUUAAUCACAUCAUUCAAACCUACUAAUGUGGUAAAUCCGGUAGCGUAAACCACAAAAAAAAAAAAAAAAAAAAAAUCCGUCUGCGUUACUCAAUUGUAUAUGCACUGUUAUGUCACCUACUGUACUGCCUAUUUUCACAAAUAUGAUGUACAAAAAAAUCUUUUUUAACGUUAAGUAUCAUGUAUUCUACUGAA